CGGUGUGUCAUAUCAACAACAAGCCAUGUUUACAUGGAAGCGAGUGCAGCUAUAGAAACAACACAACCUAUUGUAAUUGUGGAUCGGAUUUGACAGGAGAACAAUGCGAAGCUGGAAUGUGGAUGGAGUGGAGUCAGUGGAGUAAAGGAUGUUACAUGCCUAAGAUCUGCGUCCCAAGAAGAAACAGGACCUGCUUGAGUCGUGCACCAUAUACUCCAAGCUGCAUUGGAUCGGCGCUAGAAAUAAAACAAUGUAGACCACUGCCAGAAGUAAACAACACGAACUGCAAGAAUCCACUUGGAAUGGAGAACGGCAGAAUCAAAGAUUCACAGAUUACAGCUUCAUCUGUGUUAUCAGUGGAUCCCCAUGCUGAUUACUUUGCUUCACAUGCUCGUCUUCACCUGAAAAGUUCAGGAAGGAUUAUUGGUGGAUGGGCUCCAGAUGCACCCUACUUGAACCAAUUCAUCCAAGUUGACCUUGGCAACAGGACAGUCAUCACCAAGGUAGCCACUCAGGGAAGAGCCGAGCUUACUUAUAAUCAGUUUACUAGCGAAUAUUCAUUGUCCUACAGUGAUGACGCUACUGACUGGAAAGAUUACGAGGGAGACUGUGUUAAGAUAUUCCCUGGUAACACUGAUCAAAAUACUGUGGUCACCAACGAGUUUGAAGUACCCAUAAUAGCACGGUAUGUCCGACUAAUUGUUAAAAGCUGGACGUCGCAUGCAUUCAUCCGGAUGGAACUUUAUGGCUGUCCAUACAAUCCUGCCUGACUCUUAAUUCUAAUUUUGUUUGCCGACGCUGACCUGAGCUGAUGAUUGGAGYUACACUUUGCAUUUGCGUAUGAUUUUAACUUAAGAGAAGGCUGGAUAUAUACCGGAUAAAGUUAUCCU